AUGACAAUCCCUAAAAGUUCGGGCGGCGGCGGCCCAGAGUCCCCAGACGGGUCGCAUCAACAACUUAUCAAGGAAGCCAAAGUGAUUUCAAUGCUCACCACCGAGACUGGCUGCAUUCUGUCCCCAACUGACCGACUGACCCUAGAUUUCGCAGCUGUAGUUGGGUGUGAGCAGUUAGUCCGUGGAGCAACUCACAAAAUCAACAAUCCAGAAGAGGCAGCGGAGGAGGUGUCGCCUCGAGUCCGGCGAUUCACAGAGGCUACUGGCGCCCCUUCCCCUGCCGACGCCUUUGCUCUUCCUUGCCAGCGACAGGACAUGCACGUUGACUUCGAGAGCAUCGGUUGGUCAUCAUGGAUCGUGGCCCCGGAGGGCUACAACGCCUUCCAGUGCACAGGAAAGUGUCGCUUCCCGCUAGGGCAGAACUUGAACCCGACGAACCACGCCACAGUGCAGAGCAUCAUGCAUCGCGCUGGCACCUUUCCGAGCGUCGCCGAACCCUGCUGCGUCCCCUCCGCCUAUGCCAAUUUCUCUCUUCUUUUCUACGACGCAGAGGAAAACGUAGUCCUCAAGCAAUACGACAAGAUGGUCGCUCUGCAGUGUGGCUGUCACUAGCGCUUACUGUUUAUGAAGAGAAGAGCUUUAAAGACCGUGAAGGCCGACCAUGUAGGAAUAUGCUGUGCAUUUUGUGGGAUUAUGGCUGUUCGGGUGCACUAAUACUAAUUGCGAUGUCGUAUUCGAACACAUGGUGUCCACGCAUGCGAGAGGGAUUGCACCGGAGGACGGUUUUCCGUGGGGGACUGACGUCAACUUCAUUCGUCGCAUCGAAGAUCCGACGGAGGCUGUGCAUUCAUGUUGCCUGCAUUUUUAUAAUGUCUAAAAUCGCAAUCUGUCUUCAUAAAUGUAAUUGUCACAAAGUGUAUGGUCAGCUAAUCUCGUUGGCCACAGAUUACAUUAUGUGUCCGCUUUUUCAGAAACGGCAGCAGUCUGAUUCCAUGCUUUGAAAGAAGUUUUGCAGCAUAUAUUGUAUGUGGGUGUGUGAUUUAACUGACAAUAAAUGUCACAGGGAAAAAAAGCUUCAAUAUGCAAUCUGAGGGAUCCAUUGUUUAAUUCUACGAAUUACGCGCGCGUAUGUAUAUGUACGUCUGCAUCUCCCUCUCUCUCU